AUGAAUAUGAAAUUAUCUAACACUUCUCCUUUGUUUGUUGCUCUCCUCUUUGUAUCUCAGGAACAAAGUUCUACUCUUUCACCUGGGUCUCCUGGCUACUGUCAUGAUGGGGAUUUCAUUACUGGGGGACUCCUUUCCCUAAGAGUGACUGAUGGUGACAUGAGAAGCAAAUUUGGAUUUCAAAAUACAUUUUAUAUGCAACCUUAUGUACACGUGGAACUUACUAAGCAUUAUCAGCAGCUGCUGGCCAUGAUUUUUGCUGUAGAAAAGGUCAAUAACAACUUGAAUAUGCAAUUCAAUAUGUCCCUAGGAUUUUACUUCUUCAAUGUUGACUACAUUGAGAUGAGGGCCCCGGAGAGUUUGUCUUUGCUUUCAGGAGAGAGUCCUCCAGUUCCUAAUUACAACUGUAGGUCUGAGAAGAGAGACAAGCUGGUGGCUGUGAUGGGAGGCAUUUCAACAGGAAUAUCAACUCAGAUUUCCUGAGUAUUAAGUCUCUACAAUAUUCCACAGAUCAGCUAUGGCCCAUUUGAUCCAAGCCUCAGAGACAAUGUCCAGCUCCAGUUUAUUUAUCAAUUUUCUACAAAAACUGCAGCUCUGUGUCAGGGCCUCAUUCAAAUAAUGCAGCAUUUCAGUUGUGUCUGGGUUGGCCCUGUGGUUCCAGAUGACAUCAGGGGAGAAAUAUUUCUCAGGGAGACUACACAAGAGAUAAACAACAAUGGACUCUAUAUCGCAUUUGCAGAAAGGAUUCCAGAGUUUCCUGCUAAGGAUACAGUUAACGGGCAACUCAUUAUUGAAAGAUUCUCACAUACUAAGGUCAGUGUUGCAUUUGGUGACACAUACUCUCUUCUGAGAUUUGUAUAUAACAUCUAUUGCAAUAUUCCAUUUGGAAAUGUCUGGGUCACAACUUCUGAUUGGAAUAUAACUACACUGCCCUUUGAACGAAAUCUAAGUUGCACAUACUUUGGUGGAGGAUUAUGUUUUUCUUUCCACAAGGAAGAGAUUCCUGGCUUUAAAGAUUUUCUUAGAACUGUUCAGCCUGCAAAAUAUCCUCAUGAUGUCUUUAUCCAGUAUGUGUCGUCUACGCUAGUUGAAAGUCCAUAUUUGGAUCAACAUGGAAUCAAGACAUUGAGUCAAUGUGAAGAAAAUGGUACCCUGGACAUUCGGCCUCUGAAUGUUUGGGACAUGAACACUUCAUCCCAGAGUUACCAUGUUUAUGCUGCUGUGUAUGUCACUGUACCCGCUCUUCACAAAGAACUCUCACUCAGAGUGGAAGGAGAAUCACUUGACAAAGGUGCAGAGGCAGCUCCUCAUCCAUGGCAGCUUCAUCCAUUUUUGCAAAAAUCCCAACUUGAAAGAAGUGGUGGUAAACAGAACAUUGCCAAUGAGAGAAUUGCAACGAUGAAGCUUGACAUUUUUAAAUAUCAGUCUUUGCUGAAUGGUACUAAAGCUCAAGUGAAAGUUGGAGAGUUCAUCUUUGAGUCUCACAGGACUCUGCACUUUUCCUUAAAUGAUAAACUGAUAAUGUGGGGUGAACACAAUAACAAGACUCCCUCUGCUGUUUGCACACUUGGAUUCAGAAAAACUGCUCUGAAAGGAAAAUCAUUCUGUUGUGUGUCAUACUUGUUCAUUAGUUCUACGAUUCUUCUGGUUGAGCUUUUUGGGUCUUCUCUUACAGAUCAUAUCAUCUGUGAAUAA